AUGACAUCAUGUGUUGUUACAAAUUCCCCUCAAGAACAAGUAAGAAGAGUCAUUUAUCGUUCCGACAAUGAAAUAAAACGAAUACAACAAGAAGAAGAAAAGAAGAAGAGAAUCAACAGGUUGUUAGCAGUGAGAGAAUUGUCAAAAUCUAUUUCAAGAAACAAGACAAGAGAGUAUCAAUCCUUGAAAGAAAAGGAAACGGGUGAGCAGGUACAACAAGUAAAACUCGCGUGGCAGGAACGAAAAGACAAUGAACUGCAGCAACUUCAAGAAGAAAUUGAAAGGGCAAAGCAAAAGAUCGGACAAGCUCAUCGGAAUGCUCAAAUAUUUCAUCAACAAUAUGAAGAAGAGUUGAAACGAAAAGAACAGCAGCAACACAUCAACUUGAAAAUGGCUCAGACUCGAUUUGAAAAAAGCAUGCAGGUAGUAAAAUUCAAUCAAACUGCCAAAGAUAAGUUGCAGCAAGAAAAAGAAAAUAGAAUGGAAAAGUCCAAAAACUUGGAAUAUCCUAUUGUCGAACAAAUGCAGAAUGGAUAUGAAAAGUUGUUUGCUGUUCCCUCAAGCCAGCUCAACAAUGUCAUUGCCGCUUGGAACCCUAUUCAGAAGAGAGAAGAGACACCUGAAGAAUUUGAACAUUCAUAUCACCACAAGCAAUCCAAUGUAAAUAAUGAAAAAGCACAAGGCGAAAAACCAGCCUUGUCACAGCAAGUGAACCCAUUUGUAGUGAAACAUUUUGAGCCAAACAAGGGGUUAGACGUAAACAAUCAACAAGCAGAAAAAGACAGAGAAGAAAAAAAGCGAUUAGCUGUUCAACGAGCAAUCAUGGAAAAGAGAUUUGCAAAGAAAGCUGCAGAAAAGUUAAGGAUGGAUAAGCUAAAGUCCACAUUAGAAAAAGAGCUUGAACACGUUCAGAAAAUAGAUAUUCAACAAAAAGUGGAUUCUCUCAAAGACACGAGCUCUAGGAAUACUCUUGCUGAUAACCAAUUUAAAAAGAAAAAACAAAUAGAAUUAGAAAAGAAGUUUGAAGAUCUAUUCCGAGCUAGAAUGCCUGAUCUACAGGACAGUAGUUACUUUUAG